AUGAGUCCUGGUUAUCCCAUGGACAACAGGGGCUGGGCAAAUGGCGGCCGACAAACACCAGACAACAGUGUCCUCUACCCUCCCCCCUCCGAGUCCCCCGGCCGCAAAUCCCCCAACAACAUCCCCCCUCCCGACGACGAUACGCGGCGUAGCGGCGAACGAAACAGAUCCAGACAUCGGAGCGGUCGAUCGGCGAGCGGUCCGCAAAGAAUAUGCAAAAAAUGCGGCGAGCCUUUGACAGGCCAGUUUGUGCGCGCGUUGGACGGGACAUUCCAUUUGGACUGUUUUAAGUGUCGAGACUGCGGUCAAAUUGUAGCUUCCAAGUUCUUCCCGGCCGACGACAACGAUGGCGAAGGCCAGUACCCCCUUUGCGAAACCGACUACUUCCGACGCCUCGGUUUGCUGUGUUUCCAGUGUGGAGGCGCCCUCAGAGGUUCGUACAUCACGGCGCUGGAUCGGAAGUAUCACGUCAACCAUUUCACCUGCUCCCUGUGCCCGACCGUCUUCGGGGCACAAGAUAGCUACUACGAGCACGACGGCAACGUCUACUGCCACUUCCACUACUCGACCCAGUUCGCCCAACGCUGCAAUGGCUGCCACACCUCCAUCCUCAAGCAGUUCGUCGAGAUCUUCCGAAACGGACAGAACCAACACUGGCAUCCGGAAUGCUACAUGAUCCACAAGUUCUGGAACGUACGACUAUCCUCCUCGGCCGAAGCCGAAAGAGCCAUCAUGGACUCCGACGACGAUGCCGUCCGGGACAGCAUACGCGAAGAAGAAGAGCGGAUGGAGGAGAAGGUCUAUCGUAUCUGGAGCGUCCUGUCUACUUUUGAAGAAUCCUCGGCAGCGUGCAUCUCGGACAUGCUGCUUCACGUUAGUAACGGAGCCUACGUCGACGGCGUCUUGGUGGCUAAGAAGUUCAUCUGGCACGUCGAGGUGCUCUUCACCGCCGCCGACCAGCUUGAUAUGACCAUGCAUCGGUCAGAGAUCAAGGGCCUGUCAUAUGGUCGGGAGGCCAAGCUGCUCUGCAAAAAAAUCGUUUCCUUCUUUUCGCUCCUGUCCAAAACGCAGGACACAGGGGCUCGCAAGCUUGGCGUUACACAGGAACUCCUCACCUUGGUCACCGGCCUCGCCCAUUAUCUGAAGCUCCUCAUCCGGAUCUGUCUGCAAGGAGCCUUGAGACUCGAGCGCGAAUCGAACAGUUCCGACGGCAUCUAUCAGUUCCUCGAUGAUUUAAGCCAUUUGGAGUCGCUCAAGCCCGACGACCCGUCUUUUCAAGUCCUGACGAGCUCCCCGCGCCUCUCAGCAAAAGACUCGGAUCAUUGCGCGCUCUGCACCAAAUCCGUCGAGGACGAGUGCGCCCUCAACAAGGACAGGCGAUGGCAUAUUGCCUGCGUCAAGUGCGCGAGGUGCAACGUCGAGUUGGGGCGCCAGCUCGAAGAUGCCCGGUACAACGCCUUCGACAGAAAGAUCUACUGCAGCAACUGCAUCAGCAUCGACGCGGAGGACAUGCAUCCCUUCGAACACAUUACCAAACUGCAACAAUACGUCUUUCUCCUCAAGGUCGCGCUAGCAAGGCUAUUGGAUAUCCUGAAGAGCAGUGGAGCUCUCUCGCGCCAAGACCUGGACCCUCGGUCGAACGGGUAUGCCACGGAAGGCGAGCGAGCGGCUGCCAGCGAGGCUGAGGAUGUAGCUCACCCCUUGAAGUCCGAUUCGCGAUCCAAGUCGUAUGCGAGCGGCUCAUCCGAGCACCACCGAGAGUCGUCGUACGAGAACACUCUGAAUGACGUCCGUCGCCUGCGAAGCACCCGGCUCGACAAACACCUGUCGGCAAGCUUCAGGAAAGCUCGCACGUCGCGGGUUCUCGAAGGCCAGGAUGGCCAGGGCGUCCAGGAAGGGACGGAGGAGGCUCGCGGCGGCCCCGCGGGCAACAUGGAUGGCGCAGGACUCUCACCCGGCGGGACGAACGACAUGAUGUUCGGCCACCAGGAUGCGCUGACGCUCGACGACAUUCCCCGAAUCGCCGCCGCGGAACAGGUCCGGGAACACAACCAGCCCGGACGCCAGGACCCUUUCCGAACUCCGGCAUCAGGUACCUCCUUCGCUCUCCAACGGUCCCGGUCGGAGGGCCGCCACGGAGAUUUGCGUCCCGGCGAUCAGGCACCGCGCAUGGGCGGCAGGAAGUUCUUCUCGGAGCUCUCCGGUCUCGAAUACUUCAACGUUCGGCACCUGGCUGUGCUGAUCAUGCACCCUUACGUGGAAAACGAAUUCUCACUAGACGAGUUGCUGAGCUUCAUCGAAUCGAAGAAGCCGCCCACCUUCUGGAAGAACCUGGGGAAGGCGUUCAAGAACGACCGACAGAAGAACAACAAGAAGAAGGGCGUCUUCCGUGUGCCGCUCGAAGUCAUCAUUGAGAAGGACGGGGCCGAGUCGACGGACGGGGUUGGACCGGGCGCGCUCAAGAUCCCCGCCAUCAUCGAUGACCUGAUCAGGUCGAUGAAGGGCAUGGACCUUUCGGUGGAAGGGGUGUUCCGAAAGAACGGCAACAUCAAGAAGGCGACGGAACUGAUCGAGAGGAUCGACAGGGACGGAUGCGAGAGCGCCAACCUGACGGAGCAGAAUGUCAUCCAGAUCGCGGCCCUGCUCAAGCGCUAUCUCCGCGACCUGCCGGACCCCCUGCUCACGCACAGGCUCUUCCGCCUGUGGCUCGCCGUGGCCAAGAUCCCGGACGCCGAGCGGCGACGGCAGUGCCUGCAUCUGACCUGCUGCCUGCUCCCCAAGGCGCACCGGGACUGCAUGGAGAUUUUGUUCUGCUUCCUGAAGUGGGCUGGCUCCUUCCAUCAGGUGGACGAGGAAGCCGGGUCCAGGAUGGACAUUAAGAACCUCUCCACCGUCAUUACGCCCAAUAUCCUGUACACGAGUUCCAAGACGCUCGCCUUGGACACUGAUCACAUGUGGGCGAUUUCCGCUGUGGAGGAGUUGAUUACUCACAUUGAGGAGAUGUGUUUGGUCCCGGAGGAGGUGAUGCGACUGAUGGAAGACCCAUCUGUGAUUAGUGGUGGUGCCAAUGCCGACCUCUCGACCAAGGAGAUCCUGAAGCGAUUCCAAGACCGGAUGGGCCAAAGACCAGCGUACGGGGAAGUCAGCGAGGUACAUAACCGUCAGGACAACUCGUCUCGACCACCGCCCACUCGGGUCGACACAGACCCUGCCGCCUUCACACAGGCGAGCAGUGUCCGGCCUGUCCAGGACCCUCUGAUGCCGUACAACAACAACAGCACCAACAACAACAGCAACCCGGGCUUGGGAACGCCGCCGCAGUUCUUGAGGGGGCCUAGCGAUCCCACCCACAACACCGCCUACAGAAGCCACUCGGAGCCGCAUAUUGACCAUGCUGACGGCAACCAGCGGAAAGAAUGGCGCAAUUCGGCAUGGGGACGGCAGAAUGGUGGAGUUGGAGUGGGCGGUAACACGUGA